AUGUGGCGCGACCGCAUCUCCGGCACCUCGACUCCCUCCGGGGCGAAUCGCAGCAUCUCGCCCUUGCCGCCCCGUCCCUCCCAUCUGUCGCCGAGUCCCUACGGCCGUCCCGGGCCCGUGUCGCGCGCCUCGUCCACCACCUCCCUGCUCACCGUGAGCGGAUCCACCACCUCCCUUCCGCGACCAGAGACCAAGGAAACCAAUGUUCGUCGACCCCGUCCGGCCAAUGUGCCAGAUCCGCUGGAAGUGUUGAGCGGGAUUAUUGGGAAAGAAACCCAGACCGAGAAAGAUCUCCCCCGACGAUCCGCGUAUUUGGACCGCCGGCCGGCGCAGCUGGUAGAAACCGUGCAUUUUGACGGACGGAGCCUCGAGGAAUUCGUGGCCGGAGAGCAGGAACCGGCGCGGGGGAACAAGACUCGAGGCAGUGAUGUGAACGCCCAAACAGUUCAGCAGUUCGAGAAGGAACGCGACAAGUUUCAGGAUCUCCACACAUCCAUCACGGGCUGCGAUGAUGUGUGCAAGUCGGUCGAACUCUACCUGAAUGACUUUCAGUCUGAACUGGGCACCGUGUCAGCGGAGAUCGAGUCCCUACAGACUCGCUCCACCCAAUUGAACGCCAUGUUGGACAAUAGGCGCAAUGUCGAGCGUCUAUUGGGUCCGGCCGUGGAGGAGAUCAGUAUCGCCCCGAAAACCAUCCGGACCAUUGUCGAGGGUCCUGUGGAUGAGAAUUGGGUGCGCGCUUUGAAUGAAAUCGACGCCCGGACGACGAACAUCGAAGCCAAGGCGUCCGCUUCCAACGGGUUCAAAGCGGUUGAGGAUGUUCGUCCGCUCCUGGAAGAUGUGAAGAACAAGGUGCGUUUGCUUCCGCCCCCCGAGUCGUACCUUGGAUUAACUGUGAUGCAGGCGGUCGAACGAAUCAGGGACUACUUGGUGGCGCAGAUCCGUGCGAUGCGGUCUCCGAACAUCAACUCGCAGAUCAUCCAGCAGCAACGGCUGGUGAAGUUUAAAGAUCUGUUCAGCUACCUGACCAAGGCCCACUCAAAUCUGGCGGGUGAGAUCUCACAAGCAUACAUCAACACGAUGCGCUGGUACUAUACCUCCAAUUUUACGCGGUAUCUGCAGGCACUCGAGAAAAUCAAGAUCUGGCCUAGUGACCGGAACGAAGUACUUGGAGGCGAGCCGUCCGGACACCGAACAGGACAUACCCACAGCGGCCGAGCUGGCUCUGCCGCACACGACCCAUUUUCCUUGGGCAGACGGAUUGAUAUUCUUCGAACCAGUAACCCGCAGGCAUUAUCCUCAUAUCUGGCCGAGGAAGACAACCAAUUUCACGGCAUUGAAGCCCCCUUCCGGAACUUCAAUGUCGCUCUCGUGGACAACAUCUCUGCCGAAUACUCUUUCCUCACUGAGUUCUUCUCUGCUCUGUCAUUCCAUCAAAUAUCGCGAAUGGCGAUGGACAUCUUCGAACCAAUAUUUACCCUUGGCCAGAACCUGACAAAGAAAUUGAUCGACAACACCACCGACUCACUCGGCGUUCUGAUCUGUGUUCGUCUCAACCAGCACUCGGCCUUUGAGCUGCAACGGCGCAAGGUGCCCGUGGCCGACUCCUAUGUCAAUGGGAUUAAUAUGCGCCUAUGGCCCCGGUUCCAGGUCAUCAUGGACCUCCACAACGAGUCACUGAAGCGAGUCGGAUCCAAUACUGGACGUAGUGCAGGUGCUGCACUGUCCAUCGCGGGCGGGGAUGACUUGAAAACGUCCUCGGCACCGCAUUUCCUCACUCAACGAUUUGGCCAGCUUCUACAUGGCAUCUUGGUCCUCAGCAGUGAUGCUGGAGAUGACGAACCCGUGUCCAACAGCCUCGCUCGCUUGACUGCCGAAUUCGAUGCUCUCCUGGCGAAACUGAGUCGAAACGGCACGGACGCGAAGCGGCGCGAACGAUUUUUGUUCAACAAUUAUUCGUUGAUCUUAACCAUCAUUAGUGUAUGUUGCCUGUGA